UUUACUUUUGAAAUUGACAUUCAAUAAUUUUAUCAUUUUUAUCAUAGCGUAGUGGUUAUUAUACUCUUUGUUUAUAAUUUUAUUGGCCUCAAAAACAAACUAUAAUAAUAAUAAUAAUAUUCCUAUUAUUAAAUAACCACCUGUGAAGCUAAAACAGCAUUUUAAUCUCGCUUAAACUUUUGUUUAAUGAUUAAAUGUGUUAUUUUUAAUGCUAAAAAUAUUUAAGUUAACAUUUUUAAAACCUAAAGUAAAUUUUUGUCAAAUAUUCAGAACUAUGUCUUAUAAAGUAUUUGUAUAUGGAACACUGAAACGCAAUGAGCCGAAUCACCAUUGGCUCACAAACCCAGACAAUGGUGUAGGACAAUUUAUUAAUGAGGGCAGGACAAAAACAAAGUAUCCGCUCAUUAUAGGAACGAAAUAUAAUAUACCCUUUCUACUACAUAGUCCAGGCGAUGGUCAUAAUGUUAAAGGAGAAAUAUAUGAAGUUGAUGACACAAUGCUAAGCAAAUUAGACAUCCUAGAAGAUCAUCCCAACUAUUACGUCAGAGAAAUUGAUGACGUCAUUGUUAAUAAAGAUCCUUCAUCUGAGGAAGAAACUGUAAAAUGUUGGAUAUAUUUCCUGAAGAAUUUCCGUCGAGAGCUGUUAACCAAGCCACAGCUUGAAAACUACUCAUCUCAAGGUUCACACGGCCUGCCCUACAUGGAAAGGUCCAAACGAGAUCCUAACGAUAAUUAUUAUCCAGAAGUUAAACGAUAAAUCUUUCAGAUUAAUUAUUUCGCAACAAUGAAUCGACAAUCGAUGAUCUUGACGAUAUGCUGUGUGAUAUGAAGUCAUAAAAUAUGACAAAUUGUUUGUCGUGUAUGGCUACAAAAAUAUAUUUUUAUUGCUGCCAACAUUAUUUUCUGCUAUAUAAAUAUAUUAUCUGAGAUAGAUAUAGAUGAGAUAUAUAUCGAGAAAUUAUUUUCUUUGUAACAUUCCUAAAUUGUUUAAGUUAUAAUAUAAUUUACAAUAUACUUGUUAUUAAUAAAAAAAUAUAUUAUAAAGUU